AGAUGAGCUAGGAAGAAACAAGCGUGGAGAGGAUAACAAGCUAACUACCAUGAUUUAACUACCGGAAGGCUAACCUGGAAGCAAGGAUGCCACCCAAGAGACGAAAAAGUGUAACAAGCAGUGCAGGCAGCAAGAGAGGAGGUAAAGGCAAAACAAUUCAGUCACCUGCAGAUGUGGGAAAACCUGGUCAUCCUGACGAUAUCUUCCCCCUGGUCCUGACAUCAGUCACCCAGGAGCUCUUUGGUUGCCGUGCCGAUGAGGACGUCACAGGGGAGAGCCCUUACAAGCUGCUAAAAAAAGACGACAUCAUACAGGACAUUAAGACAAGAGCCGCAGUGUCCGAUUUCAGCCCCGUGAAGCAGAUUGUGCUGAACUACCCAGAAAAUGAGAUCUUGCUGGUCUUUGACAGGGACUUCACCUAUGACCAGUGCUUCUACCUGGUCUUGACACCAGAAGCUAAGGACAGAAUCCUCAGCCCCCCAGAGCUUGAGACACCAGAAAUAUUUGAGAAUGAAUCCAUUAAAACUUCUGAACCAAAGCAAUGGAUAUCUCUUGGAAGUGAGCGAGAAAUAGAUGAAGAAUCUUUCAAAGAGUCCAGAGAAAAGCUGUGGUACAAGUUCUCCAGAGUGCGGAGAAAGUUUGGGGCACCAGUAUGUUUUUCCGACCGCAACACUGCAGAUGCUAAGGAUGGCUACCUAGAGUGUGCUUCCUACCAAGACAGCAGAUUCAGCAUCAAACAGAUGCAGAGGGACUGCGGGAUGCAGGCUGUUCCCAGACUGCAGAGCAGCAGUGCUCAGACACAGUGGAAGUUUCAGAGGAAUAUCUGUACCCAGUACAUGCCAAGAGAGUUAAGUGAUGAAGAAAAAGAGAACACCCUCCAGUCUGAGAGUCUGAAGAAUUUUUGCAACUUAGUGACCCCCAGGGUUCUGCGAGCCCUUCAGCAGGAAGAAAUCAUGAAUGUAUUCUUUGAUGACUGGAAGGCUCUAGGGACAGCAGCGGAAGACAGUGACUGGUCUGGGAAGGUUUCUGAAAAUUUGAUGCUUUAUCAGGCCUUCACAGACCAGAAGUACACUAAGGACAAGAAAAUCAGCAGCGUCAAUUGGCACCCUGCUAUCUACGGUCUAAUAGCUGUGGCUUUGACAAAAAAAGAGGAGAAGCUGCUGAACGAGUCCAGUACGUCUGCUGUCCAAAACUCUGUCAUUCUCUUCUAUAGCUUCUCCGACCCCUCCAAUCCCCAGCUGCUGCUUGAGUGCCCAGGUGACAUUUUUGCCUUUGAGUUCUGCCCCUCUGAUCCUAAUAUUAUCGUUGGCGGCUGCGUGAAUGGCCAGGUUGUGUUGUGGGACAUUUCAGCUCACGUCUCACACUUACAGGGAACACAGCCUGCUAAAAAGGUUUCUGUCAACACUGACAUGUUCGAGCUUGAUGGAAACAAAGAGAAUAAGAUUCCUGUCGUGCGUUACUGUGCCGUGUCUGCAGUACAGAGCAGCAACAAAGCACCAAUUACUGAUGUGCAGUGGCUGCCACCAACAUUUGAGGUGACGAGGACAGGCGUACCAGUGGAGAACAAGCAUAACAUUUCUGUCCAGAUUGUCACAUGCUCCCGUGACUGCGACAUAAUGUUUUGGGAUGUGCGAAUGUCAAGACUGUUGAGCCAGUCAGCAUCAGAGAGGAAACAGAGUAUGGAUCAGAAGAAACCUAACAUUGUCCCUGACACUUUCAAACACCUGGACCAGACAUGGAAACCUCUGUUCAGGGUUUCCCUUCCAAUGAUCGAUAGCAGUGGAGAAUACGCUCCUCGAAAGUUCAGCCUGGAACACUACACCGGUAAUGGUAAUAACACAGGCAGAACCACAGACGAGGUUAAUGAAAAUGAUAGCUCAGAGGUCAUCUCAGACUACAGCCGGCUCAGAGUGCCUUCGGCUACAACACUCACAGCUCUGGAAGACGUCAAUACCAAACUCUGUAUUGGAACACAGGAUGGGAAGAUUGUUUACACUGACUGGAAACUGGUGAAGGACGACUCUGGACGGCUGCAUAGUGCCAAGCCCCUCCACUGCUUUAGCAUUCAUCACUGGCAGGUGAAUACGGUACAGAGGUCGCCCUUCUUCAAGGAUAUUAUUUUGACAACGGGAAGCUGGGACUUUGCCAUCUGGAAGGAAGGAUUCAUGGAUGGCCCCAUUGUGCUGUCACCAAGGUGUGAGCAGGAGUGCACUGUGGGAUGCUGGUCCUUGUCCCGGCCUGCUGUUUUCUUCAUUGGGAGAGAGGAUGGCAGCAUUGAGGUGUGGAACCUGCUGGAAAAGACCAGUGAACCUUUGCAGGUCAUCACGCACGUCACAAAUGCCAAGAUUACCUGUAUCAAACCCUGGACUGCCUCCCCCAAGCAGCACUUCCUGGCUGUGACUGAUGACCUUGGAAUGGUUCGUGUUUUGGAAAUCCUGAAGUCACUUUACAUUCCCUCCAGGAGCGAGACUCUGAAUAUGAAGAAAUACUUUGAGCUGGAGGAGGACAGAUUGAAGCACUUUUUGGAGAAGGAGGAACUGUCGGCAAAACAGAAGAAGGAAGCUGGAGAACCCAAGAAGUGGACGGAAGCUGACAAGCCAAUCAGAUCUCUGGAGGAGAUUGAUAAGGUGAACAUGAAGAAGUACAAUGAUUGCCAGAUGCUAGAGGAAAGCAUCCUGAAGGGCAUGGGCCUGUGGCAAGCUACUGCUGACACACAAGAUACCUGAUAUCACACACACAUCUGCACAUUUUGUAUUUGAUGUAAAACAGGUUUUAUCAUUUUAUUUAUUUCCAUUUUAAUUUGAUUGCCUCAUCUAAUGUUAUUUUGAAGAAAACACACUCUUUUGACAUUUUUGUUUAAUAUUCCCAUAUUAGUAAUUUUGUUGCUGUUUUCACAAUACUUGUCAUAACGUCUAAUGUAUUAAUGUAUUAUUUUUAUUAAACUGUGAGAACAAUAAACAGAAAUUGAUUCUGCCAUUGAC